UCUUUGCUCCACAUUUCUUUCUACCUUAACAUACACACAUCCCUUUUAAGUUUUUUCUCUAUUCACUCUCUUGAGUAAGCUUUCUUGUUCAUCACUUCUGAGUCCAUAGCCUUUCAACUUCACAUUUCGUCCUCUUCUUUUGUUUUGUUUUGUCAGCUCAGCUCAGCUCUCUGUUUUACUCUGUGUUAUUUCUUCUGUUCUUACUUUGGUAGUUCCCCUUCUCUGUUCUCUUCCUUUGUUAUCCAUAAACAUGGCACCGCCUAAUGAUCCAGUCAACCCAAUUUUCGGCCUCUUUAAAUCAGAUAGCCAGAAAAACAGUUUCGAUUUGUCUCAUGGAAAAUUAUCUGUCAAAGGUGUCCCAUUACUUUCUGAAGUCCCCAAUAAUGUCUCUUUCAAAACAUUUUCAUCAACUUGUCAAUCCUCUGACGCUCCACUUCCCCUGUUCCAGAGAGUCCAGUCUGUUUCCAACAACGGCGGGUUCAUUGGAUUCGCCACCGAGGAACCUUCUGAUAGGCUAACGAACUCCUUAGGUAAGUUCAGUGGUAGGGAUUUUGUUAGCAUUUUUCGCUUCAAGACAUGGUGGUCUACCCAGUGGGUAGGAAAUUCAGGGUCAGAUUUGCAAAUGGAGACCCAAUGGGUACUCCUAGAUGUCCCUGAGUUAAGGUCAUAUGUCCUAAUUCUUCCCUCAAUUGAAGGGAAGUUUAGGUCUGCUCUUCACCCUGGCUCUGAUGGCCAUGUCUUGAUUUGUGCCGAAUCCGGCUCUACCCAAGUAAAAGCAUCGAAAUUCAAUACCAUUGCUUACGUUCACGUAUCCGAAAAUCCCUACACCAUAAUGAAAGAAGCUUAUACUGCUCUUAGGGUUCACUUGAACACUUUCAGACUCUUAGAAGAGAAAUCAGCCCCAACCCUUGUCGAUAAAUUCGGUUGGUGCACUUGGGAUGCUUUCUACUUAACCGUAGAACCAGCCGGAGUCUGGCACGGGGUGAAGGAAUUUACCGAUGGAGGUAUCUCCCCGCGAUUCAUCAUUAUUGAUGAUGGGUGGCAGAGUAUAAAUUCAGACGGGGAAGACCCGGACAAGGACGCGAAAAAUCUUGUUUUGGGUGGGACUCAAAUGACUGCUAGGCUUCACAGGCUCGACGAAGGCGAAAAGUUCAGGAACUACAAGGGUGGAUCCCUUUUAGGGCCUAAUCCUCCCCUGUUUGAUGCCAACAAGCCAAAGAUGCUAAUUUCCAAGGCAAUUGAGCUUGAGCAAGCUGAGAAGGCUCGAGCGAAGGCAGUUCAAUCAGGGACCACCGACUUGUCCAAAUUCGAUGCAGAGAUGGAGAGAUUAAAACUAGAAUUGAACCAAAUGUUUGGUGGAGAGAGGAAAGAUGGUGGCUUGAGCCAGGGGUGCGCGAGCUGUUGUUGCAAAACAGAGGAAAAUGGGAUGAAGGGUUUUACUAAGGAUUUGAGAACAAAGUUCAAGGGUUUGGAUGACAUCUAUGUUUGGCAUGCGCUGUGUGGUGCGUGGGGUGGCGUUAGGCCUGGAAAAACUCACCUGAAUGCUAAGGUGAUUCCUUGUAAAGUGUCUCCCGGGCUUGAUGGGACGAUGUACGAUCUUGCAGUGGUGAAAGUCGUCGAAGGUGGAAUUGGGCUUGUUCAACCUGAUCAAGCUGAGGAUUUCUACGAUUCGAUGCACUCUUACCUUGCGAAAGUGGGAGUUACUGGAGUCAAAGUGGAUGUUAUUCAUACACUUGAGUACUUGAGCGAGGAAUACGGAGGUCGGGUUGAGCUAGCAAAGGCAUACUACAAGGGGAUAUCAAAAUCAAUUUCCAAGAAUUUCAAUGGAAAUGGACUUAUUUCCAGCAUGCAACAGUGCAAUGACUUCUUCUUCCUUGGAACAGAGCAAAUCUCCAUGGGUAGAGUCGGUGAUGACUUUUGGUUCCAAGAUCCAUCUGGUGACCCAAGUGGAGUUUAUUGGCUACAGGGGGUUCAUAUGAUCCACUGCGCCUACAACAGCAUGUGGAUGGGUCAGAUCAUACAGCCCGACUGGGACAUGUUCCAGUCAGAUCACGUAUGCGCAAAAUUCCAUGCCGGAUCGAGGGCCAUCUGCGGUGGGCCCGUCUACGUGAGUGACUCAGUGGGCGGUCACGAUUUCGAACUCUUGAAGAAACUUGUUUACCCAGAUGGUACCAUUCCCAAGUGCCAGCAUUUUGCACUCCCAACUAGAGAUUGUCUCUUCAAUAACCCCCUCUUUGAUAACAAAACCAUUCUCAAGAUUUGGAACUUCAACAAGUACGGAGGAGUGAUCGGAGCUUUCAAUUGCCAAGGAGCGGGAUGGGAUCCCAAGGAACAAAUGAUCAAGGGCAAAAAAGACUGCUACAGGCCAAUGUCAGGCUUCGUCCACGUCACCGAUAUCGAGUGGGACCAAAAGGUGGAAGCAACCAAACUGGGCGAAGCAGGGGAAUAUGCAGUCUACCUCAACCAAGCCGAGAAACUAAUCUUGACCACCCCGAAAUCGGACCCCAUUCAAAUGACUGUUAUGCCCUCUACCUUUGAGAUCUUCACCUUUGUGCCUGUGAUGAACCUUGGCCGGACCACGAAAUUCGCGCCCAUUGGGCUUACAAAUAUGUUCAACAGUGGUGGUGCCAUAGAAGGGCUGGACUAUAGCAAGACGGGCGUGAAAAUUCAAGUUAAGGGGGGAGGAAAUUUGCUGGCUUUCUCGAGUGGGUACCCGAAGAAGUGUUGGUUGAAUGGUGCUGAUGUUGGUUUCGACUGGUCCGGUGACGGGAAACUGACUGUCGGUCUUCCUUGGGUUGAAGAGGCUGGUGGCAUCAGUGAAGUGACCUUUCUCUUUUGAAUGUAUAUAGGAUGAUUGUAUGUAAUAAGGAGUUGUUAAGGAAGUGAACUGUGAUGCAGAUUAAUUAAUUAACAAAACUGACGUGGAACAUCAUUUGGAGAACAUUUUAUUUUUCACAGUUUGGACUGUUAAGUGUUUAAAGAUAUAUCAGUUGAUCUAUUUGUAUUGAACUGCCUGAUCUGGCAAUUUAAUAUUUCUUGCA